AUGGGAAACAAGGAUUUCAGGUCCGAAGAGGAGCAAUUGCUCUCUCUAUUGGACGAAACACAGGGUCCAUAUCCACUCCUGUCUGAACAGGAUCCAGUGAUAUUUCACAACAACUCAUACGAAAGUGAGCUAUUCAUGGAGUACAAUCUUGAUUUCGGUGGUGAGUCUCCGAGCUCAUCGCUUCAGCAUCCGAUGAAGGACGAGGAACCAAUGUUCCUGACAGAAGCCAAGUUGGAACCAUCAUGGUUGCUCUCUCCUUCCGAAUCCGAGGAUCCAACAGUUUCGCCGAUUCAUUAUCAAAAGGAGGAGAAGCCGCUGAAGAUGCCAACGAUUCGACGCUACCCAGUUUCGACAUUCAAUCCAUACUCGAGCGGCCCUCUAAUUAAGGAGCCGAGUAAUAGCAGAUCUCGUGGAAACAGUAUGCACAUGUAUAGAGAUGAAUCUCCAUCGUCAAAGAGAGGACGCCCCCUGAAGGUGACCAGCAACACGAAAAUGGCCAACUAUGCCCGCAACUACCGUGAGCAGAAGAAGUCCGAGAUGUCAAUGAUGCAAAUGCGCAAUGCUGAGCUCGAGGCGGAGUUGAGACUCACUCGAGAGGAGAACACCAAAAUGAAGAAGGCCCUAACCAAUGCAAAGGAGGAGAUCGUUCAACUGAAAAAGGUCAUCGACCAAGACUCUCAAAUUGCUCGUGUCGUCGCCAACAUGGGAGCCCAAUCUUCAUCGCAACUCGGAUACGCUCGCGCCGGAGUCUGUGUCCACGUUGGAUCUCUCGGAACCACUGUCGAAGUAUGCAAGCAGUGUGCAGACAAUAACCAGCAAAGAAUGGACUCUAAGUUCGUCGACGAUCUCAAUGGAACGGAACUCUUUGGAGGCGACUUCAGCGCCUUCGACAAUUAUCUCAAUGAUCGCCUAUUCCAAUGCCUGGGACUCACUACUAUCAGUGAUGAGGCGGAAAAUGUAUCAUUCCUCCACACCCCAUCAUUGUACAGUGCGGCGAUCGAUUCAAUAUUGGAUUAA